AUGAAGUUCUUCAGAAGGAAGGACAAGCGGAAGAACGACGGCGGCAGUGGUCCGGGCCGGAUGCCAGGUUUUGGCAGCAGCACGAAUAGCAAGCACGCGACUCCGGUGUACGGCGGGUACGGCCUCGGCGAUUCCCGCCCCGACAGCUAUCGGCCCUUCGGGUCCCCUCCCUCCGGAUCCCAGGACCCGAGGACGUACGCGCAGUCCGGCCACUUCCAACCCAGCCCAAGUCACGCUUCUGCCGCAGCGCUCGCCCAGCUCCCGACAGCCAUUCUUGAGCGCAUUUUCGCCUUCGUUUGCCCCCACAGUCGCGACGAGAGCUAUGAGACCUGUGAACAGAGCUCGGUCGAGGAUGGCUGUAUGCUGUGCGACCUGCGUGACCUCGCACACUGUGUGGCGGUCUGCAGGAAGUGGAAGGGGGAGGCUGUCAAGCUGCUAUACCACAGCAUCCGCAUUGACAGCGUUCACUACUGCGUUCUCGAAGCUAUUCUGGCCGAGCGCCGGAAGCGGCGGUCUUUCUUCGACCGCAAUGGCCAGCCCGAGGACCCGGCGCAGGCCCGGCUGAAACUGCUCUGCCGCACGCUCCGCGAAGACCCCGUGCGCCGCGGCCGGCUUGUCCAGUUCCUCAAGAUGCCGUACAUGCUGCGCGAAUCUUGCCAGGCAGACUUGGCGCGGACGAUAGCCGUGACGCCAAACCUGCGUUACGUGGACCUUCCUGAGGGUCUCUUCACCGAUGACCCCUCGUUCGUGACGCUGCGGCUGGAGGUGCAGGCGCGCUGCCUCGAGCUGCGCAAGAUGACGUACAUGGGGGGCUCUGAGAACAGUCUGCAAGCUCUGGCGACGGGCAGAGUGUGGACCCAGCUGGAGGUGCUCGAACUGAUCCGGAUAGAAAUGGAGCCCACCAUGCUGCGACAAGUGCUGGCCUAUCUCGGCAACCUGCGGGCGCUCAAAGUCAGCCGGACGGCAUCCUUUAGCGACGAGACGCUGGCAUGGAAUGAGAUGAUGCCGCCGUUCCCGCCCCUGGAGGAGUUUAUCCUCACCGAUGUCCCCAACGUCACAUCCGAGGGGCUCAAGGCAUGGUUAAUACUUCCGGAGGCGCGGCAGUCACUGAGGGUGCUUACAUUGAGCGGGACUGGCGUGCGGCCUUGGACUCUGCAGGAACUCCUGGCCUAUGUCCCGGGGCUCAAGCAUCUGUCCAUCAUUGACAGCGUGUCGGCGACCAUGCCCGCCGCCGCCGGCUCACACAACAUCCCACCACUCUCCUCCGCCAGCCUCGAAUCCCUACAUUUUGAGAUCACCGCAGCGCCAUCCACGCCGAAAUACUCGAGCGUCACGGCGAGCUAUUACAACUACCUCGCUGGCUCUCUGCUCUCAGGCGGCCUGCCCAACCUCCGUGCCGUCUAUGUCCGAGACCCCAACUUCCCCGACCUCCUCCUCGGCCUGCCCCCGCCCGCCCCCGCCUUCGCCGAAGGCCGUCAUGCCCGCCCAGCAAGCAGUGGCUCGACCUCGCCUUUCUCCCCGCACAAACUCUCCCCGGGAUAUCCAGGCGGGGGUGGUCCGUUGUCACCCCCCUCAGCCCCCUUUGCCGGCGGUCUAGGCCACCGCCCGCAGGGCUCCCUUUCCUCCCUGAACGGCGUCUUCAGCCCCGGCUCCGGGCUCGGUGUCAACUCUAACACGACCCCGUACUCAAACCCGCGCUUCAGCAGCAACAACCCCUUCGCCUCGCUCGCUUCCCCCACCGCCGCCUCACAACCGCAAGGUAACUUCCUGAACCUCCCCGCCAAGCUGGAGGUCUUCACCAAGGGCGAUGACGACACCCUCGGCUGGUCAUCCCUGCAGCUCGGGGGACGGCACGGGUCCGGAGGUGGCGGCGGCGAGCGCCCGCUCAGCAGCUACGGGCUUGGCGCCGACGUCCUGGGCGGGAGUGCGGCCGGGUGGAGUAGCGGGGCCGGCGCGAGACGUAGCGUGCUUGUCGGCGGUGCGGGGGCCGGGGGUGGAUUCCUGGCGGUGCCUAGUGAGGGCUCAACUCCGAGGGGGGCAUUCAGGGGGAGGAAUAACUCGUCUGUCUCGGUCGGCGGGUUUAGUAGUGGAGGAGAGGAUGAGUGGCCGCGGCCGAAGAGCUCGGCGGGCGAGAAGAAGAGGGAGCGGUUGGACCUGUGGCGGUGA